CGUAUGUGACACAUACGGUCGGAAUGCGUAGCAUUCAGCGGUGAACAAAAUGACUGCAGCAGUGGAAAUACGAUUUGAGUAUUCAUAAGAGCUGUCUUGCAAAAAUUUGUAUGGGAUAAUCAUCAUUUGACCAUUUUUGGUUUAUUCCUUUACCUGGAAAACGGCAAAAAGCUAUUUUACAUUUAUUUCUUAAGUGAAAAUAUCUACUAUUAAGUUGACUGAAAAGUUAUGGAUAAGCAGCGCAAAAAACAAUCGAGUAAAAGUAAACUUCAUUCUAAUAAGAAUACUGUGAAUGAAUCAGUUGUUGCUGCGGUCACAGACAAAAUUCUUUCUCAUCAAGUACGUUCCCAGGUACGAGCUUUAGUUGCGGAGAUACUGUCUGUGGUUUUUAUAACGCCCGUCAAUCCUAAGGAAGAAUGGGAUCAGUAUGUUAUUAUACAAAAUCUACUAAAAAAAAUACAACUUCUGGAGGCGCCUUUGAAAGAGAAUCUAAGGCUUAACAAAUGCAAGCGUUUAAUGAAGAUUAAUGAAUUCUAUAAAUGGUCACGUGAUAAUGGCAUUAAAUAUGACGGCGUUAUAAUUAAGGAAUAUCCUGGCUAUGAUUUGGGAUUGGCCGCUACCAAAAGUAUUAAAAGGAAUGAUUUGCUCUUUACAAUACCGCACAAAUUAAUCAUGUCCGAAGAACGUAUAGAACGAGGAGGAAAACUUUUCAAAUUAUCCAAUCUACGUUUGGCUUUUUUAUUAAUGACUGAAGCUUUAAAUCCGGAGAGCUUUUGGAAGCCCUACAUUGAUUUAUUACCCGACUGUUAUAAUACAGUUUUGUAUUACGGUAUUGAAGAAAUGGCUCAGUUGCGUGGUUCUAAUUGUUUAUCGGCAGCAUUAAAGCAAUGCCGCUUAAUAGCACGUUGCUACGCCACAAUUUAUCAUUGGCCAAAUUCCGAUUUACCUUUUGAUGUGUUUAAAGAAUACUUUCAUUACGAUUUAUACAGAUGGGCUGUUUCAACAGUAAUGACUCGUGAGAAUUUAAUACCACGUACGAAACAGGAUACAGAAGAUGAACUUAUUGCUGCCUUAAUACCAUUCUGGGAUAUGGCCAAUCAUCGUCAUGGUCAUAUCACUUCUUAUUUCAAUAUGGAAACGUGCCAAAUGGAAAGCACUGCACAGGAUGAUUUUAAUGAAGGCGAACAAAUUUUCAUACAUUAUGGGGACCGUUCAAACGCUGAACUUCUGAUACACAACGGUUUCAUUAAUUCCGUUAAUCCAAAGGAUAGCAUUGCCAUUAAAUUGGGCCUCAGUCAAUCGGAUCCAUUAUAUGAGAAACGUUCACAGUUAUUGCAAUUGCUUAAUAUACCAAAAAAUGGUGAACUGAAGGUAUUGCCAGCACCUGAACAUAUAUCGCCAGAACUGUUGGCAUUCGUACGUGUUUUUAACAUGAAUGAAGAACAAUUACAGCAUUGGAUAUGUUCGGAAAGAGCAACUGAUUUAUUGCAUAUUGAUUGUGCUUUGGAAACAUCGUUAGAGAGCAAAACAUGGCAAUAUUUACAAACACGUCUAAUGCUGCUGUUACGUGUAUUCCCCACCACCUUGGAAGCAGAUGAAACGCAAUUAGCUGGAGUGAAAUGUGGUAAAUUGCAAAUGGCGCAAAUACCGGUCAUGAUCUUGGAGUACCGUAUACUGGAGAAACGCAUACUGGCGGCGGCAUUGGACUACGCCAAGCAAAGGACAAAGGCCUAAGGCGUAACGGACAAUGUAAUAAAUGUGCCAAGCAAAAGCAUAAUGGCAUAUAAAGGUUUUAUCAAGCUUGGCGUGUUUCAUCAUUCAAAUUGUUCUAGGCAAUGUUUCAUGCUUUGUGUUUUCUAUCAUUUUUUUUAUUUUUUUUUAUUUUCAUUUCUACUCAAAUCGUAACUCGAGUGGCCAUACACAGGUAUAUUAUUGUAACCGCUGUGAGCGAACAACUACAAUACUGAAAGGCUCAAUUUAUAUGAAUCUUUGAAUGUAUGAA